AAAAAUGUUUUGGCAUUAUAAGCUGUAAGAGCUGGUUUGAACUGAAACUGCAAGUUCUAGCUGAUCUCUUUGAAGAAUCUUCAUUAUUGAGGUGCUAGCAAAGUUGGGUAGUCUGCUCUUUGAUCUUGGGGAAAUGAUUGCUAUAUUAAUGAUUAACCCUUUCAGUGAUUCCGGUGUUUGAUCUUUUGGUGAUUUCUUGAAAGUUUUUCAUCAGUGGAGUGUUUGCAAAACUGCAGUUCUUCUAAAAGGACAUUAUGGAGGACAAGUCUGCAAUUGCAAAAGACAUUACUGAAUUAAUCGGCAAGACCCCUAUGGUAUACCUCAAUAAGAUUGUGGAUGGAUGUGUAGCCCGUAUUGCUGCUAAGCUGGAGAUGAUGGAACCCUGCUCCAGUGUUAAAGACAGGAUUGGGUAUAGCAUGAUCAAGGAUGCUGAAGAUAAGGGCCUGAUUACACCAGGAAAGACUGUCCUCAUAGAGCCUACUAGUGGUAAUACUGGCAUAGGGCUGGCAUUCAUUGCUGCAGUUAAGGGUUACAAGCUUGUUAUUGUCAUGCCAGCUUCAUUUAGUCUUGAGAGAAGAAUCAUUCUUCGAGCUUUUGGAGCUGAGUUGAUCAUCACAGAUCCUGCCAAAGGAUUUAAGGAGCAACUUCGGAGAAUUGAGGAACUAUUGAAAAAGAUACCAAAUGGUUAUGUUCUUCAGCAAUUUGAAAAUCCUGCUAAUCCUCGGAUUCAUUAUGAAACCACUGGACCAGAGAUAUGGGAAGGAUCUGGAGGGAAAGUAGAUGCCCUUGUCUCUGGAAUAGGGACUGGGGGUACAGCAUCUGGUGCGGGGAAGUUCCUCAAGGAGAAAAAUCCUGAGAUUAAGGUAUAUGGUGUAGAGCCAGUGGAAAGUGCAGUUUUGAGUGGUGGAGAGCAUGCCCCGCAUAAGAUCCAAGGAAUUGGUGCUGGUUUCAUCCCCGCUGUUUUGAAUGUCAGCAUACUCGAUGAAGUUAUUCAAAUAUCAAGUGAUGAAGCCAUUGACACUGCCAGGGCUCUUGCUUUGAAGGAAGGUUUGCUGGUAGGCAUAUCAUCUGGUGCUGCUGCUGCUGCUGCAAUAAAGAUAGCAAAGAGAGCAGAAAAUGCUGGAAAACUCAUUGUUGUGGUUUUCCCCAGCUUUGGAGAGCGUUAUCUGUCUACCGCACUGUUUGAUUCUCUGAGGCAUGAAGCAGAAAACAUGGUCUUUGAGUGAGGAGAGCUGAAACAGUGGUGAUGCCAAACCCAAUAGCAACUAUGCAUCCAACCCAAAGAUGAAGCACAAUCAUAAGAAGAUCUACAUAUUUGGUGAUUUAUUUCAUUUCUGUUUGUUCAUAUUUUGCUAAUUGUGAUGAUAAUUCCAUUUGUGAGCAUUGGAAUGAAUGUGGAAGUUUGUGUUACAA